UUUUGAGUCAAAAAAUGAUAAUUUCCCAAAUCAAAGGAUGUCGCUGAAGCUGUGCUGACAAAGAAAGGACAAAAAAGAAGAAGAAGUCGCCGAAGGUAAACGGAAACCAGUUUAUUGCUGGUGCAGGCAAAGACUUGCAGAAAUUUGGGAGGAGAUGGAGAGCAGGGAAGAUUUGAAUUCCAUAUUACCCUUUCUGCCGCUGGUGCUGCGGUCGUCGAAUUUAUUCUGGCCUUCCCAAGUGGUGGAAACUCUCAAUUCUAUGGCGGCAGGGCCUGAUCAGAGUGGUCUUACUACUGGCGACGCCCUCUUCCACUCCAUCUCUGCUAUCAGGAACUCUCUCUCUCUCACCAAUCAACCCCUCGCUUCCUCUGCCCACCAUGGCUACUCCCUUUUCUUCGACAAGCUUAUGCCCGAAACAGAAUCUAUGCAAUGGUUUGGUGAGGUUAUUCCAGCAUUGGGAAAUCUGCUUCUACGAUUACCUUCUUUGCUGGAAAAUCAUUAUCAAAUUGCUGACCAGCUUGAUAAUAAAGGAAGCGGGAAUUUCCAAACUGGUCUCCGUUUGUUGGCUUCUCAAGUUGCAGGCACUGUGUACCUCAGCCAGGAGUUGACUGGUGCGCUUCUUGCUUGUGCUUUCUUCUGUUUGUUUCCGGUCAUUGAUAGAGGCAGCCAAAAUCUUCCAACAAUUAACUUUGACUAUUUAUUUGCGAUUCUGUACCAUAGACAUAGUAAAAUGCAGGAGAAUAAGAUACGAUGCAUUAUACAUUAUUUCAGGAGGAUAUGUUCGAAUAUUCCUAGGGGUUUUGUCUCAUUUGAAAGGAAAGUGCUUCCUUUGAACAAUUGCUCAGAACUUUUUUGUUAUCCUAAGGUCAAUUUUUGGAUCAACUCCACCAUUCCUCUCUGCCAAUUUAAGGUUAAAGAUUCCGGCCUCAUAGAAGAUCAAACAUUUGGAGCUCUUGAAGUUGAUUUUGCUAAUGAGUAUAUUGGUGGUGGUGCUCUUCAUUCUGGCUGCGUGCAGGAAGAGAUUCGGUUCAUGAUCAACCCUGAAUUAAUUAUUGGCAUGCUUUUCUUGCCAGCCAUGGCAGAUAAUGAGGCAAUAGAAAUUGUUGGUGCUGAGAGGUUCUCAGAUUAUACUGGGUAUGCUUCCAACUUUUGUUUUUCUGGCAAUCAUGUGGACAAACAGGAAAUGGAUUCACUUGGAAGACGUAAGACCUUAAUCACUGCUAUAGAUGCAUUGUGCAGUCCAGGGAUGAGACAGUACAAAUUAGAAUUCCUGCUUCGUUUGCUCCCUGAAUUCAAUAGGGAAAUCAAUAAGGCAUUCUGUGGUUUCUUUGAUCAAUCAAAAUGUAAGCAGUAUGAGAGACUAUUCUUAGGAAGUGAGGAAGAUAUUACAGACCAUAAAGACCCGUCAAGAAACAAUCUCGUGGUUCACGAAACUAGCUCGGAUACUAGAGAGAAUUAUGUUGGUAGAUCUCUAACUCCAGAAUACUCGGACCACAAAGAUGAUAUUGGGAUUGCGACUGGCAAUUGGGGUUGUGGUGCCUUUGGAGGAGAUCCUCACGUGAAGUCCAUAAUUCAAUGGCUCGCUGCUUCUCAGGCGUUAAGACCUUUCAUUUUAUAUUACACAUUUGGCAUCGAAUCAAUGCAGAGCCUAGAAAAGGUGAGUGAAUGGAUUUUGGCACAUAAAUGGACGGUUGGUGAUCUAUGGAGUAUGUUGGUGGAAUAUUGUUCUCAGAUAUCAAGGGGACAAACUCAUGCUGUUUUCUUUGAUUGGCUCCUACCAGCCUCCUCCAAAACUAACUUAUGUUGCUUCUCUUGAUUUGGCUGUUUGGAUAAUAUUAUUAAGAAGAGGGAAAAUAUCAACUAGUAGUGUUUGAGAUAAAUCAUGGGAUGCUUGCCUAUAUUAGUAAAACAAGUUUAAUUAAUUGCACAA